UAUUCAAACACGGCCGCCAAAAAUGACCAUCGGGCGCUCAUCAUCCCUCUGCGGUUGAGGCGGAGGACGGCAGUUGGAGGCGACCGUCUUUACAGAUCUUCAAACGCUUCAGUCAACGUCAAAUCAAAAAAUUUCCUAACCCUUCGCGAUCAGCGAAUUACUUGACGGGUACAAACACAGCUGGUCUGAAGUUGCUGAAUUCUUCAGCGACCUAUUCACUGCCGCAAAAAUGAGUUCUGGGUUUAUAUCUGAGGCUGAAAUCAGCGAACAACGAAAAUUACGGCAGCAGGAAUGGGACCGUGUAAGAUCGGCUGACCAACCAUUAGAGGCACCAGAGGAGUCUUAUGAUCCAAGAUCGUUAUAUGAACGUUUACAAGAACAAAAAGGCAAACGUGAAUUAGAAUAUGAAGAAGCACAUAAGCUCAAAAACAUGAUUAAAGGCCUUGAUGACGAUGAGGUCGAAUUUCUUGAUUUAGUCGAUCGUACAAAACUUGAAGAGGAACGAAAAAAAAACUUGGAAGAAGAAAAAGAGAUGAGAGAUUUCAAAGCAGCUGUUGCAUCCUUACAAGAAAAAUCAUUAGAUGAAAGAUUGAAACAGGAAUUGAAACACCCACCGACAACCAACAAAAAUGUAUCUAGUGGAAGUGGAAGAAAUUCACAGUUGAGGUUGUUAGCUGGAGCUGUUGUUAAAAAAUCGGGAAAACAGCCAAGUGGAAGCGAUGCUCCGACUAAAGGAACCAAACGAAAGCUUUCUGAAACUGAAGAGGAUAGUACAGUGCCAAAAACCAAAGACUGUUCUGGUCAGGUUGUGGAGAACGUAGAAAAUUCUGACAAGCAAUCAAACAAUACUGAAACUGAAACUAAGACUCUGAUAGAUGGUGUAAGAGUUCAGAAGGAAGAUAACCUCACUGGUGGGAUGAAGUGCAUCGGAAUACUACCUGGACUUGGUUCCUAUCAACAUUCAAGUGACAGCGAAGCCAGUUCCGAUUCAGAUGAAGAACUCGAACAGUCUAAGUACGACCUUUUAGGACGAAAGAUAGAGAUUAAGACUUCCAAAGACAAGGACGAAAGCUAGAAACCCACGAAAACUCAAUUUUUUUUAUGAUAUUGCUGCCCCAUUCCUAGCCUGUGGAAGAUCAACUUAUAAGUUGAAAAUAGGCACAGAUUCCUACUCGAUCUUAGGUGCUUAGCCAUCGGGCGUACCAUUCUACACUUUCAACUGUUUCUCAGUUAUAUGAAUCGAGAAAACAUCCUUUGCACCUGAAGAGUCCGAAUAGUAACUGAGGUAGGAUACGGUUGGAAUAUAUUUUGUAUUGAUUACUCUUAUACUGAUUUACGCAAGAAAUCUCUAGCAAAGUGAACGGGGUAUUUCAGAGUCUAAAAUAUAACAGGAUUCUUUGGCAGAUGAAACGUUGACUGAACAUGAAACUUAAUUUUCUGCAUUCUUGAAUUAAUGAAACAAAAAGAAGAGAAUAAACUCAAGAUGUGAAAUCUUGUCGAAGCUAUUCAUUUAGGGUCGAAAAGUACAGUAAAGAUACUAUUUUAUUCAGUCGCACACAAUGAAAAUAAUCUCAUUUUGUUGAGAAGGUACAUAACUUGGCUCCAUGACGUACCUAGAAUUACACUUGAGAUUAGUAACAGGUAUAACAAACGGAUUGUAGAUCGUUGUUGGGGCGAAAGAUGAUGAAGAAAAGAUAUAUGAUUUUGGCCCAAUUCAUAAUGAAAUAUUUGUAUUUCAGUUCAUAAAGUAUCGCGAUAGCAGAAGGCACCCAAAAUUGCUUCUGUUCAAAGUUUAUUGAAUAUCUCUAAAUGUACCAUACUUUGGUAUGCGUUUCAAUUUUGUAGGUAUAAUAUUGGUAUAAUUAUUGAACAUUUCCUCCCAAAGACCCGAAAUACAUUACAAACGAAUACAGGGAGAAUAUAACAAUAAAACGAAGCAGAUUUUC